CCAUAUAAAAGGAAGAAACCUGCACUGCAUUUGGGGGAAAUUGAAAGGUUUGUUGACCCUAGUGUCGAGGCUACCUUGUGUUUUUCUUGUAACAAGUCCUAAACGUGUUGCGUCGUGAAGUGCCAGCAUCGUCCACACGAACAAUCGGGGAAUAAAAAGGAUGGGGUGAGAUGUUUCUCCUUUCCAACGUGGAAGCAAAGCCAAGGAGCUGUGAUCUGUGAGCUAACAAAGAGACGCCGAAUGGCCUGGAUAGCAGCCGUGAGACGACCAAACAUCACUUUCAACACCAUCACCCAAGACUUGGUGGUGUGUUCACGGCAUUUUCACACUGGGAGACCAGCUAAUGAAAUGGAUGAAAGCCAUCCAGACUGGGCACCCUCAUUACAUCUCGGACACACGGAGGUGGAAGCUGGAGAUAACCAGAGACUACACAUAACAUUGGACCAGGAGGACAAGCGACUACGACAACAACUGAAAGCUCGAGUUUUGGUACACCUUGAAGACAUCCAGCACUUGAUGCAGGGGGAUCCACAGCCCCCUGACAUUAAAGAGGAACAGGAGGACACAGAGGCCAGGCACAAAGCCAAAGAGGAAGAGCUACAGCACCCUUGCAUGAAAGCAGAAGAGGAGGAGCCACAGCCCUCCUACCUUAAAGAGGAAGACGAAGAACUCUCGGUCACCCAGGAGGGGGAGAAUCCUUUAUCCGGGUCGCCACUGACUGGUGUCUCUGUGAAGACCGAAGACCAUGAAGACAAACCACCUGAGUCCUCACAGCUUCCUCAUAGUCCAAGUGAGGAGAUGAGAGAGGCGGAGCCUUCUACAGACCGUGAAGGUGAUAUGACGACUCACACUGGCAACAAAAAAAGAAGCUCUAAAAAGAAGACAGCUAAACCUUUUAACUGCUCAGUAUGUGAGAAAAUAUUUUCUACUAAGAGUAAUUUGACUCGACACAAGAUAAUGCACACAGGAGAAAAACCUUUUCAUUGCUCAGACUGUGGCAAACGCUUCAAUGAUAAGGUAGCUAUGGUUAUACACGUGAGGGAACACACAGGAGAAAAACCCUUCACUUGCUCAGACUGCGGUAAAGGCUUCACUCGAAAGAAAGUCAUGGAAAGACACAAGACCAUACACACAGGAGAAAGACCUUUUAGUUGCUCAGAGUGUGGCAAAAGCUUCAGCAAAAAGUAUACUAUGGUUAUACACAUGAGAACGCACACUGGAGAAAAACCUUUUAGUUGCUCAUACUGCGGUAAAGGCUUCCUGCAAAAGUCAGACAUGCAAACGCACGUGAGAAUACACACGGGAGAAAAACCCUUCACUUGCUCAACCUGUUUUAAAAGUUUUGCUAGAAGGGUAAAUUUGGUAUCACACAUGAGAACACACACAGGAGAAAAACCUUUUAGUUGCUCAUACUGCGGUAAAGGCUUCCUGCAAAAGUCAGACAUGCAAACGCACGUGAGAAUACACACGGGAGAAAAACCCUUCACUUGCUCAACCUGUUUUAAAAGUUUUGCUAGAAGGGUAAACUUGGUAUCACACAUGAGAACACACACAGGAGAAAAAACCUUUUAGUUGCUCAAAUUGUUGCGACACAUUUUGCUGGAAGUCUUCCUUGAAAAAAACACAUGCAGAGUCACUGAUGGUCUACUGUUUGACUUCCUGUGUCACUGUGUUGCCUUGACAACAGCCGGGAUAGGCUCCAGCAUACACCCACGACCCGAGUGAGGAUGAACACGACAUCACGAAAUGCUGCAACUGAUGAAGUCACUUCCUGUUUGAUAACUUCCAGAUUUGGUCUGGAAAAUAGUGGUUUGAUUCAUUGUUAUAAUUCACUCAUUGAAAUGAAUUGGGUACUUGGCGCAUGCGCAGAAACUGACUCUGGGUUCUGGGUCCUCUGGCUCCUACUGGUGGACACUCGCACUAUUGCAGCACCAUUUUUUAUGCUUUCAGUGCUCCAAUGAUAUGGUUUUCUCACAUUAAAUGCAUUAUGGGAACACUUUUAAUGUUUUUUUUGAACUUUUAUUGAUACAUGUUUGCAUGUUUGUGAUGUUUAUGCUUGUUUACGGCCCUUUGUAUUUGUGCCAUUAUAAUUGUGGACUCCUGUAGAGCAGCUACACACGAUAACCUGCACAGAAUGCUUUCUACAUCUUCCAGAAUGUGCACCUAUUCCAGCUUUGUAUCCUUAGAUUUCCAAAACGGUCUGUUUUAAUGUAUUCCACUCAUGGCCCGCCUAUAGACACGCCCACUCCGCUGUGAUUGGUCACACU